AUGAAGGCAACGUUUGAAUACAGACAGCGCCUUGUCCAUGAUCCAGAGGGAUCCACCACCAUUCUCUCUGUUUUUCCUCGGUUCCUGGACACUAAAGGAUUGAUUCUUCAGGACUUCACACUCCUCUUUGGGUCAGAAACUGCUUCCAGACUUUUGGAAAGGUGGCCGACAGUUUUCAAAGCAAAGGUUAUCAGACUAGGAGAAACCUUGACUCCCACUCCACUGCUGAAACGAUUACUGUCAUCUGCCAAACAGAGCAAAGAAAGCAGCGAGGCACAGGAUUCCCCAGAGUGGGACAGUGAUAUAUCAUCCUUCCUUCUACUUUUGCAUCUCCUAUCACCCCAGGCUUCAGGAAGAAAGAAAAUCCAAAGGAUCAGUAUUUGCAAGGCUAUUGACCAUCUGGUGGUGUUUCACAAAGCAUGCAGGAGCAUACAGGAACACCUUGAGCUGGAAGAGAAUCGUCAGCCAUACAUUCUUGCCUCAGGGAGGAGCAAGGAAGCCAUCAGUCACUACUUCAUUGUGGUGGAUAAAAAGCUCAUCCCCUGUCAAGAAUCCUCUUCACUGGCUGCCAUUGAUGAACUCUUCAAGAUUCAUUUUGUUUUCAGUCUCAGUUAUGAUAGCCAUUGCCUAUCACUGGGAGUCAUGUACUAUCAGGGGUAUUGAGUCUGGGCCUGUUUCAAAUGAGCUGUUGUCUGACCUUGAAAACUCUGAUUUUAUUUCAGAGCAACUCCAGAUUGAUAUCUCUAGCGAGGUAAUGGUCACACCGUGGGUAAAGUGUCAAGGUACUGAGUAUCGCAGUGAUCUUGUUGUUUUCUUAGAGUUUGUUGAUGAAAGAUUGCUAAAAUUUUUAUUAAGGAUGGAAUUUAUAUUUUGGUAUCGUGUAUGGAAUCAGAGUUUAUUGAACACCUUCAUGCUUUCAGUGUUGUUGAACAAGAGCAUUGUCUUGUACUCCAAAAACCUGAGGAAUUGAUGUACUACAAGCCAUUUGAUUUACAAAUGUCCUAUGGCAAUGACCAUCUUUUUUACAUUGUCGUGAACUGUUAUUUGUAAUAAUUUCAUGGCAUUUAUGGUUUCUUGCUCUGUGCUGAAAUAAAGUUUUGAAACCUU